GCGCCGUGUUGGAGCGGCGCCACGCGGGCAGCCGCGGCCCGGCCCCGGGGCGCGCCCAAAUAUAGCCCGGGGCGGGGAGGCCGCCUGGCCGCUCCGUAACCGCACCGCUUCUCCUCGGCAUCCGCCUCCGCGAGCGGCAGCGCCGGCGGCACGGGUAAAAAAUGGCAUUUCAGAAGGCAGUGAAAGGAACUGUUCUCAUUGGAGGAGGUGCCAUAGCAACAGUUUUUGGCCUCUCUCAAUUUUCUCAGUAUAGAAACAAACACGGCACCCUGGUGAAUGUUCAAGCUGCAGAAGCAGUGACUGUUCCCAUAAAGAGUGAUUUUCCUACAAGAGAAGAGCAGAUUUCCACACUAAAAAACACACCUGAGUUUGACGUUCUUAUCAUAGGUGGAGGAGCAACAGGAAGUGGUUGUGCCUUAGAUGCAGUCACUAGAGGACUAAAAACAGCCCUUCUAGAAAGAGAUGAUUUCUCAUCAGGGACCAGCAGCAGGAGUACUAAAUUGAUCCAUGGUGGAGUGAGAUAUCUUCAGAAGGCCAUCAUGAAGUUGGAUUUUGAGCAGUACAAGAUGGUGAAAGAAGCACUCCAGGAGCGUGCAAACCUACUAGAAAUAGCUCCUCACCUAUCAGCUCCUUUGCCUAUCAUGCUGCCUGUUUACAAAUGGUGGCAGUUGCCAUAUUACUGGAUUGGAAUAAAACUGUAUGACCUCGUGGCAGGAAGUCAGUGUCUAAAAAGGAGUUAUGUCCUCAGCAAGUCGAGAGCCUUGGAGCACUUCCCAAUGCUGCGCAAAGACAAGCUUGUUGGAGCUAUUGUCUAUUAUGAUGGACAGCACAACGACGCGCGGAUGAACCUCGCCAUCGCCCUCACCGCUGCCAGGUACGGCGCUGCCACCGCCAAUUACACUGAAGUGCUGCGCCUGCUGAAGAAGACGGAGCCGGGCAGCGGCAAGCAGCGCGUGUGCGGGGCACGCUGCAGGGACGUCAUCACAGGGCAGGAAUUUGAUGUCAAAGCCAAAUGUGUUAUCAAUGCUACAGGACCUUUCACAGACUCGGUGCGCAAAAUGGAUGAUCAGGAAGUACCCAACAUCUGUCAGCCCAGCGCGGGCGUGCACAUCGUGAUGCCAGGUUAUUACAGCCCUGAAAACAUGGGUCUGCUCGACCCAGCCACCAGCGACGGCAGAGUGAUUUUCUUCCUGCCCUGGGAGAAGAUGACUAUUGCAGGGACCACAGACAGCCCCACUGAUGUCACCUCCCAUCCCAUACCGACAGAAGAAGAUAUCAACUUCAUUCUGAGUGAAGUGCGCAACUACCUCAGUGUUGAUGUUGAAGUGAGAAGAGGAGACGUGUUGGCAGCCUGGAGUGGCAUUCGUCCUCUGGUCACCGACCCCAACUCCAAAGACACGCAGUCGAUAUGCCGGAACCACGUUGUUACUGUUAGUGACAGUGGCCUUGUCACCAUAGCAGGUGGGAAAUGGACAACGUACCGUGCCAUGGCUCAGGAUACCAUUGAUGCUGCUAUUCAGGCACACGAUCUGCCUGCGGGUUCCAGUAGGACGAUUGGGCUGCUGCUCCAAGGGGCUGAGGACUGGAGCCCCACGCUCUACAUUAGGCUGGUCCAGGACUAUGGACUUGAAAGCGAGGUGGCUCAACAUCUGGCUUCUACAUAUGGUGACAAGGCUUUCGAGGUGGCCAAAAUAGCCCAAGUUACAGGAAAGAGAUGGCCUAUUGUUGGAAAACGUCUUGUGUCUGAAUUUCCUUAUAUCGAAGCUGAGGUCAUCUAUGGUGUGAAGGAAUAUGCCCGCACUGCUGUGGAUAUCAUUUCCCGGCGGACUCGCUUGGCCUUCCUGAACGUGCAGGCUGCUGAGGAAGCUCUGCCAAGGAUCGUAGACAUAAUGGGGAAAGAACUUAACUGGAACGAGCAGAAAAAAAAGGAAGAACUUGAAGCUGCAAGAAAAUUUCUGUAUUAUGAAAUGGGCUACAAAGUGAAAUCUGACCAAUUAACAGACAGCUCUGAAAUCACUCUAGUGCCUUCAGAUAUUGAAAGGUACAAGAAGCGAUUCCACAUGUUUGACAAGGACAAGAAAGGAUUUAUUACUAUACUGGAUGUGCAGCGUGUCUUGGAGAGCAUCAGUGUGCAGAUUGAUGAAAAAACACUCCACGAUAUUCUGAAUGAAGUAGAUCUGAACAAGAACGGGCAGGUGGAGCUCAUUGAGUUUUUGCAGCUGAUGAGUGCCAUUCAGAAGGGCUACGUCUCCGGCAGCAGGCUGGCCGUGCUCAUGAAGACAGCUGAGGAGAACCUGCGGCAGCGCGUGGUGAUCCCGGUGGACCGCAGCGGCGGAGGGCUGUAGCUCAGCACAGCUGCGUGUGCUGACAAACAUUCCAGUGCUCCCGAAUGUCCUUGCUCGUUCAAGGUGACUGAUAUCUGUAAAAACACGUGGGUGCGUUUGUUUUCUGUACUAAUGGUUUUCUGUACAGCUCUUAAUACUCCAGUAUGUGGCCUUUUGGAUGGGGUACGCUUCAGACAUAUGAGUUUAUCAACGGGGGUUCUGGAAUGUGGUCUGGAAACACUGGUGCACGCACAAGCACAUGGCAUGUACUGCCUUGCUCAUUAACUUCUAGAUCACCUUUACCUUUAAAAAAAAAAAAGUGAUUCCUGCCUUUAAAGGGAGCGUUGCAUUGAGAUUUGCAAAUAGGCAUUUAGUAUUUAAAAGCUGCUGAUCUGUCUGCUUCAACAAAGGGCAGCAGAGGGAAGGCUGGUGCCUGGGAUUUGAGAUAGCUUCACAAAAGGAGCAGAAACUCACCUGCUGAGGGUACCAGGUACAGUAAGGAGCAGGCUGGUUAGUGACUGCCCUUCCACAGGUGCUGGGCUUUGCUCUCUUGGGGUGUGUAGUUAUUUCAGCAGUACAGUACUUGGCCAGACACAAGUAUCAGCAGUACAAAGCUGGAAAACAACACAUAACCAACACUCCAAUAAUAACCCAGUGAGCAGCUAGGGGACAGCUUCCCUUUCUCCACAUUAAUAACAAGUAGCUUCCUUCAGUCGGCAGCAUUCUAUUGCAGGGGGUGUUUUAUGCUGUAAAGUGCUCUGUACUGUUUCCAGUUUGGGACAAAUAUGUAAAAUAUGAUGGUUUUGAUAACAUAAGUCUUAAUUUAUUUAAAAACUCAGAUUAGAUUUCAUAGAUUUCUUGAGUAUAAAUACCAGCUGACAAAACAGGACCCUCCAUUCCAAGGGCUCAGGAUUCCUCCUUGUGUAAAAUCUGAUCUUUAACUGAUGUCAUCACUUUCACUAAUGGAAACGGCGUGGUAACAGCCAGCAAAGAUUACUUCUGUAUCUUAAGGGAAAAUGACUGCAUGUGUGAAAUGGAGGGACUGAGGAGUGUUGGUGGCUGAGCGAGUCGGGUGUUCGGGGCUGGACAGGGAGAGUGCUUUUAGGAAUAAAUAAAACACAAAGCUUUGAGAAGCAGAUCUUUAAAACGAACACAAACCAGAGAUGGGCUGAGCGUCACCUGAGUUCCUGUCAGUCUGAACGAGUGGUGAAACGUCUCCAGGUUUCUCUCCAGAAAUACUGGCUCAGAUGCUUUCCAAAUGGUUUCUGCAUGUUGAGUUGAUGUCGUAGAGCUGCUUUGUACCAGAACUGUGCUGCUGUGGGUUCUGGCCGUUCUGCUGUGAGAUUUGUAGCACUGGGCGCAGCCCAGAGGGAUCGGUGAGUGAGUGUUUGACGAGGUGUUUUAUGAAUGGCUUCUGUGCUACUGUUAACUUUUUUGAGUGUGUUCCAGAAGAUUCAAGUAAAGUGUGCACAUACUCCAUGCAGCUUCGCUUUUCUAAAACCCUUCUCAAAUAAGAACAUGGCAAUAGAGUUUACAUCACACACAGCACGGCGUGGAGUGGAACUGGGUGUCUUUGGGCUCAGCAGCAGGAGGGAGGUGCGGGGGGGGCAGGGUGGGAGCCCAUGGUUCACUGUAUUAUUUAAACAGAUGCAUCUGUGAAAGUAGUGAGACCUUUUCCAGACCACGUAAAGAAAAAGGUUUAAAAUAUUAAAUAACAUUUGUAUGGUUUGAAGAAAAAUUCUCCUCCACUCUUCUGUAAAUGGAACUGUUAAGAACGAACGCUGCAAGUUUCCCUGUAAAGCCAGGAUGUUCUGCUUUGCACCCAGGUUUAUGUCCUUUGCUGGUUUGGUAAUGCCACACGCAGAAUGUGACUUUGGGGUUUACUUGGCUACGCACAUGUCCUCUGUAGGAGUCUGCUUUGCAUCGUGGGUGCUUUACUGUCAUGGAUCUCUGCUCCUGUGUAGCACAGCAGGAUCCUGUACAGCUGCCCUGAGUGCAGACAAGGCUGAGUGCUGGUUACAGCACUGUGCCUGCACGCAGGGAAGGCACAGCUGCUUAGUGCAGCACCUUGCCUCUGCUUUCAGGAAUGUCAUGGGGGGGGAGAAGAGGGGGUGUCGGUUGUUGGUUUUGAUCUGCUUGGGUUUUUUUCUUUGCUCUUCUGCUUUGCUCCAUGUGAUUGCACUGAUGUUGCUGCCCUGCUUUGUUCUGAUCCCGGGUGGGGAAGCUGUGCUGGGUGGUGGGUGCCUGGAGAGCUGCAUGCCUGGCUGGGGAGCGUGUGUGUGUGUGUGUGUGUGUGUGUGUGUGUGUGUACACACGUCUUACCCUGGCACUACUGUGCUGUGCUGGGGGGAUGCUCUGUGCUGAGCUGUGCGGCGCUGUGUUUGAGGCUGGGUUGUCGUUUUUGUAACUGUCCUGGUGUUUUAUUGCCGUUAUUUAUUACUUUUGAUAUCCAGAAUGAGCCGCAUGCAUUUAUAGAGCAAUAAGAGGAUGUAUUUAAUGUGCCUUGUUUUUGACUGGGGAAGAACCAAACGCAUGAAUCAAUAAAAGCGAUGAAAGGCG